GUAUUUUACAAGCUAUGUAACAGGCUUAGGCAGAAGGAGUUGUUAAGUGACACAUUUCAUGUUUCGGUAGAGGAACAAGUUGCAAUGUUCCUAUACAUGGUCGGUCAGCAUCACACAAAUUCAUCUGUUCGAUUUUGGUUCUGGCGAUCUAGUGAAACAGUGAGCAGAUAUUUCAAUAUUGUCCUGCGUGCGAUGGGGGAGUUAGCACGUGAUCUAAUUUAUAUUAGAUCGACGGACACACACACAAAAAUCACUAGCAGCCCGAACAGAUUCUACCCGUACUUUGAGGGAUGCAUAGGGGCACUAGAUGGCACUCAUGUUAAGGCUUGUGUUCCUGCUCACAUGGUGGACAAAUUUAGGGGCCGCAAGUCAUAUCCCUCCCAAAAUGUGCUAGCAGUUGUUGACUUCGACCUUCGGUUCACAUAUGUUCUAGCUGGUUGGGAGGGCUCUGCCCAUGAUUCUCUUGUGCUAAAAGAUGCCCUCUCACGUCCAACAGGUCUGAAAAUACCUGAAGGGAAAUUUUUCUUGGCUGAUGCCGGGUAUGCUGCAAGGCCGGGGAUAUUGCCUCCUUGUCGUGGUGUGCGUUACCACCUAAAUGAAUUUGGUGGACCCCAUGAACCAACUACGGAAAACGAAUUAUUCAACCACCGUCAUUCAUCACUUAGGACCACAGUUAAACGAGCAUUUGGGGCUCUUAAGAGUCGCUUCAAGAUUCUUACUCAAAGGCCCUUCAUACCUUUAAAAUCUCAGAUUAAGGGGUAGUUUCUUGUUGUGCUUUGCACAAUUGGAUAUUAGAAAAUGGUAUGCCAACCUCCCAAGGAGUAGUGGACGGGUUCGUGAUGAAGAGGCUGACAUACGUGAGUGGGCUGCCAAGCGUGAUUUAUUAGCUCAACAGAUGUGGGCAGAUAGAGAGAAUGUAAGUGACAACAAGGCUAAUGCUAACUUAUUUUAGUAUCUCUGUUGCAUUUCCCAUGUGAGGGAACAAUGGAAGCUUGUAGUGUAUCUUUGAUGUAUUUUCAUGUGAGGGAACAAUUGAAGGAUGUAGUGUUUUGAUUUUGAUGAAUUUAUGCAACUUAUUUUAUCAUUGUAAGAUUGUCUGACUUAUUUUAGUAUGUAAGCUUUAAGUGUUGCUGAAGAUGGGUGUUUGUAUGCUGGUCCGGACUUAUUUUAUC